CACCACAAAAUAUAGACUGAGAACUAGCUAGGGCUAGCCUGAAAGCUGCACGGCAGAAGGAAGAAGCAGCAUGUCAAGACAAUACGGCACUCUUGGUGCUCCACAUAAGCAGCCAACGAAUCCUAACAGUUCCAAGAGGUUGUCGAGCCAUCACCAUGGAAACAUGGAUGUUUUAGAUGAGGGAGGGAAGAGCAACGAAAGCUCAACUUCAGUGGAGGAGAUUUAUCUUCCACCUCAGCUAGGGAGUUCCAAAUGGCAACAGAAUCGAGCAUCUGUAAGCAGUAAGGCCACACUGGACACAACAAGGAGGUACACAGUGAACAUCAGUAAUACAUGCCUGGAUCGGACAGGAUUGGAUUGUAAAAACCGCACCGGUAAAAAAACCCUCCUUCCCCGCCGCUCAAGCUCGGACUUGUGCAAACUUGGACUGUCUGAGGAAGAGAUCAAAACUGAAAUAGAGAAUGACACGUUGGAGCUGGUCAGAGACCUGGUGAAGAUGCCUCGUAAGACAAGGACCCAGGCCGUACGAUCCCUGCCAGUGAGCUGUGAGGAGAAGAGGGACAUUAGGCAUAGAGUGCUCCAAGGAAAGAUUUCCAAAGGCUCAUUGAAGCGCACAUGUUGCACAGACUGCUCGGAGCAAGUCUCCCUGUCUCUCCGCAGGUGUUGGGCGAGCGUGACGGCCUGUAGGGAGCGUCUGGCGCUGUGGCACGGGGCCAUGAAAGACAUUGGCGGCCGCUUCGGCUCGGCUGUCCUCUCCUACUUCCAUUUCCUCAAGUGGCUGUUCAUGUUCAACAUCUUCUUGCUCCUCUUUAAUCUGAGUUUCAUCACGGUGCCAGAGAUCGUGCACAUGCACAACAGCACCAACAACAGCACCUUCAAAGGCCUAGAGCUGCUCACGGGCACGGGUUACUUUGACAAGUCAGUAUUGUUUUAUGGAGGCUAUAACGGUGAGGUGAUUAAGGUGGGCGCUUACGACAUGCAGCUGGCGUAUUUGUUGUCCAUGUUCACAUACAUGAUGCUGUGUGGCAUAUCUAUUGUGUACCGGUAA